AUGGCCUCCCGGUUCAACGGGGAAGGUGGUAUCGAUAGUCCAGUUGCUCCCAGACAAUCGGAAACCACUUGUUUGGCCUCAGAUGCCCUCCAGAGUGCGAGUGCGUCAACAGGGCAAGAGGAAGGCACUCCGGGAGCCCUGCUUGGUCAAGUCGACUCCGAGGUUGACGGUGCCAACUUUAUCAACUUUUGCGCAGGCCAGGAACUGACAAACGGCAGGCAGGUCGCUACGGGAUCUUGCAACGGGAUACCGAUGGGAAAGAUUCCCGCCGCUGCCAACAUGAUCGGUUCCAUCAUUGUUCAUCCUCAACCCGGCGACAAAUUACCUGCCAAUGAAAAUUUUAACAUUUCUAUCCAGACCUUACACCUCCGAGCUGGUUUCCAAGCGAACCCGUCCUCGAGCUAUUAUGCCGCCCCGCAAAAUUUGGACGAGAAUGGAGACGUUAUCGGACACUGUCACGUUACAAUCCAGGACAUCGGAUCAUUGCGAGCCACGAAGGCUCCUGAUCCUCUGGAUUUUGCAUACUUUACCGUGGUCAACAACGAAGGUAAUGGCGACGGGCUGCUCCAGACUGCUGUGAUCGGUGGGCUUCCGGCUGGGGCCUAUCGUAUUUGCACGAUGAUCGUUUCUCGAAACCACCAGCCUGUGAUCAUGCCAGUUGGACAACGGGGAGCACAGGAUGACUGCACGAGAUUUCUCGUUAUUGAGGAAUGA